CACCUACACUGUUGUGACAGGAUUUACGAUUCGGCCAAUCACAGAGGUUUAAUGCGACUCCACAUCUCGCGAUAACUGGCGCUCUGUGUCGCUCCUCGCGUUAUGAGCUUGUAGCAAAUGUGGAAGUUGAUGUUCAUUUCUGGAAUAAUCGUGAAAUUAAUAUCAGCAGAAGUGUAUUACACGGUGGCGGUUGUUUUGCAGCCAUGAGGCGAAGUAAGGCGGACGUUGAACGCUACAUUUCCUCAGUAGAGAGCGUCUCUCCUUCACAGAAAGAGAAACCAACGAAGGGAUUUUUAUUUGCAAAGUUAUAUUUUGAGGCCAAGGAGUAUGAACUUGCUAAAAGGCAUGUAUCUGCAUAUCUAACAGUUCAGGUCAGAGAUCCCAAAGCUCAUCGAUUCCUUGGUCAACUUUAUGAACUAGAAGAUGAAAUUGAAAAAGCUGUUGGUUGUUACAAGCGCUCGGUGGAUCUGAACCCAGCUCAGCGUGACCUGAUUCUGAAAGUGGCUGAGCUGCUGUGCAGUAAGCCGGAGCUUGACAGCAGGGCAGAAUUCUGGGUGGAGAAGGCUGCAAAGCUUUUGCCAGGUCACCCAGCGGUCUUUGACCUAAAGGAGAAAUUGCUGAGUGCACAAGGACAGAAAGGCUGGAAUCAGCUUUACGAUCUGCUGCAGUCCGAGCUUCAGCUGCGCCCUUCUGAUGCCCAUGUUAAUGGGAGGCUGGUGCAGCUCUACUGCCUAGAUGGACGUUUGGAAGAAGCAGCAAAGCACUGCCUGGCUGUGGAAAGAGCUGGGGUCUUAAGACACAGCCUAGACUGGAACACCACCGUUGUCCACACUCUUCAGGAAUAUGUGGCUCAACCCAGUGUAUUGUCUAACGAGAAGACCUAUCGUGAGGUCCAAAAGGAGCUCUUACUGGCUCACAGUAAUCUGCUCAGGCUUACACUUUCUAAAAAAGAUUGCAAGGAAAGUGUGACUGCACUUCAGAUUUUUGACCACACAAUGCAGUCUUUAAAGAAUACUGCAACAAAAGCUAUGGACGAGCUCCUUGAAGUAUUCACAGAAAUGAGAGCUCAUCUGUAUCUUUAUGCUGGGACCCUACUGCUGAAAAUGGCUGUGGAUAAAGAACAGCAGUGGAGAGCUGUUGUUGAUUUAGCAGCUCUCUGUUACCUGCUGGCUUAUCAGGUUCCAAGACCUAAGAUAAAGCCUGAGAAAGGUGAACGCACAUCACUGAAACCUCUAGAAGCAUUAGCUUGCUAUCGUCAAAGCCAAGCAGGUCACAUGCUGCUAAAUCUAAACCAAGAUGUAGAGCCAUUUUUGAAGGAGGUGGUUGAGGUGUUUGGGAACAGAAGCGGGCAAACCACCCUGUUUGAGACACUCUUCAGUACGCAAGACCCUGUGGAUCUCUCGUACAUUGGAAAUGACACCAUCUCCAACAUCAGCACAAAGUCCCCGGACAUACAAGAGCUGUCUAAUUGGGACUGUGGUUCCAUAUUGCACUGUGGAGAUUUACAGCACCUGACAUGGCUUGGAUUGCAAUGGUCAAUGAUGGGCCAAAGACCUGCAGUGAAAGACUGGCUUAAGCAGCUGUUUCCUCGUCUCACUCUGGAGACCUUUAAGCUGGACACCAACACUCCAGAGUCAAUCUGUCUGCUUGACCUUGAGGUGUUUCUGUGUGGUGUAGUAUUCACGUGUCACACUCAACUUCAAGAAAUGGCAAAGAUUUCUGCUACUGCACAGUUGCAUGAGCCAAGAUGUUCACCAUUGCAGCUUAUGAAACUUUUGUCAUCAGAGAGACAGAGAGAGUGGUGGGAUGCAGUCUACAGCCUCAUUCACAAAAAAGCAGUACCUAAUACAUCUGCAAAACUGAGAAUGGUUGUCCAACAUGGCCUGAACACACUGCGAGCAAGAGAGAAACAUGGUCUUCAGCCUGCACUGCUCAUCCACUGGGCCAAACAUCUCAGUACAAUGGGUGAUGGUGUAAACUCCUAUUAUGACCAGAAAGAAUACAUAGGCCGUAGCGUGCACUACUGGAAUGUCGUGCUCCCCUUGCUUGAGAAAAUUGAGAAGAGACGCAGAAUUCCUGAACCUCUUGAUCCUUUAUUCAUGCAUUUCGCUAGUAAGGACAUACAGGUUUCUGAAAUUAAAAACUAUGAAGAGGAGGCAAUGAUAACAUUCGCUACACUUCUUGACAUUGAAGGCAAAACUGAUCAGGCUAUCUUGAAGCUUGAGAAGCUCAACUGCAUCUCUUCCUACUGGCAUCUUGCUCGUAUCUAUCAGAGACUUUCUGAAGAGGCAGGAAAUGGAGUUGAGGAAACACAGGACAUGUGCAUCAACUUUCUACAGCAGUUUAAGAAGUACUUAUCAAAGGUUUACCAUGCAAGUGCAGAUGACAUGGAGAGGCUCCCGGUGUCACUUGAGGAAAUUAUGGACUUGCUUAACGAUGUCAAUCAGCAGCUUGGAGAGGGUGGAGACGCUGUGGAUGGAAUUCUUGAAAGACAUCCAAUGACUUCAAGCCCACGAUCACUCAUAGAACCUGCUGUGGCUACUACUAAAUUCUCAGUGUCCUCUCCAGCCAAAAGUGUGCUCUCUCCCUCCAAGAGAUCAGUGUUUUCUCCCAAAACACCCCCUCACUGGGUGGAGGAUCAGAAGUCACUUUUACAGAUUCUCUGUCAACAAGUCGAAGCCUUGAAGAAUGAGGUUCAUGAUCUGAGGCACAAUUCACCUGGAUCAACAGAGUCCCCAUUUCAUAGAGUGUAUGGAGGGAAUUACACAGCAGAGACAUUUCAGGAGCCCUUUUCAGCAGCACAAUCAUUUCAUGGGGUGCCACUUACUGUUGCUACUACAGGUCCUUCAGUAUACUACAACCAGUCCCCAGCAUAUAAUUCACAGUACCUUCUUCGCACUGCUGCUAAUGUUACACCAUCCAAGGCCCCUGUCUAUGGGAUGAAUCGUCUCCCCCAGCCACAUAUGUAUGCCUACCAGCAGCCAACACAAACACCACCUCUUCAAACAUCAGCAUGCAUGUACCCUCAAGAUCAGGUUUUUGGUACCUCUAUCAGGUUUGAGCCACCAGCAACAAGCUUGCUGUCACCAUACAAUGAAGAAUUCUGCAGUCAUGUUACUCAACCAUCUACCAAUCCAUCAUUGCCAGAGCCCGGGUACUUCACUAAGCCACCUGUAAUACCUGCUCAGUCCUGUAAGAGCAGUGAAGGCAAGUCACUGGACUUAAAGGUGAGCUUUGGUCCACAAAUUCCAGUUGAAUCUACUAAGGUUGGGCCUGGAGCUGCCUCGCAAAUGACUCCCACCGUAGCUGCUUUCAAGUUCAAUUCAAAUUUCAAAUCCAAUGAUGGUGACUUUACUUUCUCAUCUGCAGAGGUGAAAAAUAGUGAAAGCCUAUUGGGACUUCUAACUUCAGAUAUUCCUCCCAGAACCGAAGGCCAUUCAGCCUUACUAUCUCAGUUGCAAGACCCAACGGCAAGUCAAACAGGGGUCUUUACUUUUGGGAGUAAAAAUUCUUUAGGGUUUUCAUUUGUUGAUGGGGCGCAGGGUAAAACAACUCUCUUUGGAAAAUCUGACCAAGCAUAUGAUGUGAGCAAACCAGUGAUUCGGGGGGAAAGUGAGGAGAAAUGUGUUGAAAGUGAUGACAGCACCCACAUUGAAGAGGAUGAGGAUGGGCCACAUUUUGAGCCCAUUGUCCCUCUUCCUAAUAAAAUUGAUGUAAAAACUGGGGAGGAAGAAGAAGAAGAAAUCUUCUGUAACAGAGCAAAAUUGUUCCGUUUUGAGACAGAAACAAAAGAGUGGAAAGAAAGAGGCAUUGGUUCUAUCAAAAUCCUAAAACACAAAACAUCAGGUAAAUAUCGAUUGUUGAUGAGGCGAGAGCAAGUUCUGAAAAUAUGUGCAAAUCACUACAUAACCGCAGACAUGGUUCUGAAAGCAAAUGCUGGGUCUGAUAAAUCAUGGGUAUGGUAUGCUAUGGACUAUGCUGAUGAAAUGCCAAAGACUGAACAGCUGGCCAUUCGCUUUAAGACUGCAGAUGAAGCAGCAUUAUUCAAACAGAAAUUUGAGGAAGCUCAGAGAGCUAUAAUUAAACAUCCAAAAAUUCAAGGUCAACAAAAGGAAAAUGAUUCCAAGCCUUCUGUACUUGAGGGCUCUAGAAAAAAUGUUGAUCUGAAAACCCUUUUCGCAAAGAAAGAAGGUGAAUGGGAUUGCAGUGUAUGCUGUGUGAGAAAUGACUCUUCAUCUAAAAGUUGUGUCGCUUGUAGCAGUCCUAAUCCUUCUGUUGAUUCAAAGUCUGAGACUAAGUCAGGAGCCUUUACUUUUGGACUUCGUGGAAGCUCUAAGGACACCAGUGGUAGUGCCAGCUUCAAGGCAUUUGGAUCCCAGAGUCCCUUCUCUUUUAAAUUUGGUACACAAUCAACUGUCUCUCAAUCCAGUCAGGGUGAUGCAAAGUCUGGUCAGUUAGAAGCUUCUGCAGAUCAUCCUAUAUCUGUGCAAAGUUCAGAUUCCUCUGUCCAAAAAUUUAGUAGCUCUUCAGGUGUUACAAAUUUUUCAUUUGGGUCUGGAUUUGGUGCACAGUUUGUUAAGAAACCAGGACAGUGGGAUUGUUCUACAUGUGAAGUGAGGAAUGAGGCUUCUACAAGUAUUUGUGUUUCAUGCCAAACCUUGAAUUCUUCAUCCAAAAACACUGCUGCUACAGAAUCUACCACACAGUCUAUGCCACUUCAAAUUCCAAACGAAUUAAAGGAAAACGACUCCAAGUCUUGUAGCACCUCUGUGGAUUCCAGCAAAAAUGUUGAUCUGAAAACCCUUUUUGCAAAGAAGGAAGGUGAAUGGGAUUGUAACGUCUGCUGUGUAAGAAAUGACUCCUCAUCUAAAGAAUGUGUCGCAUGUAGCAGUCCCAAUCCUUGUGUUGAUUCAAAACCUGGAUUGAAACCAGCUGAGGGAUUGAAAAGUGCUUCAGUUUCUGCAACAGGAGCAUUUACCUUUGGACUUGUUGGAGGUUCUAAGGAUGCCAGUAGUGAGGCCAGCUUCAAGGCAUUUGGAUCCCAAAUUCCCUUUUCCUUUAAAUUUGGAACACAGCCGUCUAGUGAGUCUGAAUCAAAAUCUCAGCAAAUUUCAAAUUCCUCUAACCAAAAAAUCAACAGCUCAAGUCUUCAGAGUUUUUCAUUUGGGUCUGGAUUUGGCUCCCAGUUUAAGAAGACCGAACCUUCAGAUCAUUCCUCAUGUGCAGAAAGGAAUGAGCCUACUCCAAGCACUUGUGUUGAAAACCAGAACAAAUCCACUGUUGUAACAGAAUCUGCCAAACAGUCUGUUAACUCUCUCUGCUCCUUAGGCUCUGGACUUGAUAAGUUUGUCAAAAAAGUGGGUCAAUGGGAUUGUGAUACCUGUUUGGUCAGGAAUGAGGCGGCUGCAAAAAGCUGUGUUUCUUGUAAUGCUCCAAAUAACAACAGAAAUAAUGAAGCACAGUGGGACUGUGAUACCUGUCUAGUCAGAAAUGAAGGCACAUCUAGUCAUUGUGUUUCCUGCCAGAAACCUAAACCAAAUGCACUUUCAUCUUUUAGCUUUAGUACUGACAGUCAGGCUAACCAUCCUGGAAGUACUGAAUUUACAGAAAGCUUUGAAGCUAGUACUUGUCAGUUUGGUCAGGGUAAGAAAGAGACAACAACAACUGAAGUUGAAACAUCUUCAAGCAGUUCAAAGUUCUCUUUUUCAGUGCCAGGGUUAACUAGUGGAUUCAAAUUUGGUCUUAAGGGAUCUGAAUCAAAACCAGCUGACAGUGGAUCUGCUGCAGUGUUUCUGAAAAACAUUGCCGAACAACACAGAGAAAAAGAAAAAGAUGCAUCAUCGUCUGUCAUGUCAUUGAGUAAUCCUAGUGAUGAAUGUCCACUGUUUACAGGAAAGGAGAAUGCAUUCAGUUUUGCAGACUUGGCAAAGACUUCACAAGGAAACUUUCAAUUUGGCCAGAAUGAUCCCAGUUUUAAAGGCUUUGCAGGGGCUGGGGAGCAACUUUUUACCUCAUUUCUGCAAAGCCAAAAGGCAGAUACCUCUGAUCAAGAAGAGGAAGAUGUGUAUAAAACCGAAGAAAAUGAUGAUAUUCAGUUUGAACCUGUGGUUAAGAUGCCUGAGAAAGUUGACAUUGUUACAGGGGAAGAGGAUGAGGAAUGUCUGUAUACAACACGUGUUAAGCUUUUCAGGUUUGAUCAUGAAACUCAUCAGUGGAAAGAACGAGGGGUUGGAAACCUAAAAUUUCUUAAAAAUAAUCAAAAUGGAAGGCUUAGAGUUCUAAUGAGGCGGGAGCAAGUGCUGAAGGUGUGUGCUAAUCACUGGAUCACUACUACGAUGAACUUGAAGCCCCUUUCUGGUUCAGAUUGUGCCUGGGUGUGGUUAGCAAAUGACUUUUCAGAUGGAGAUCCCAAGUUGGAACAGUUGGCUGCCAAGUUUAAAACUCCAGAACUUGCAGAAGAUUUUAAGCAAAAAUUUGAGGAGUGUCAACGACUCCUCUUGGACAUUCCUCUACAGACUCCUCAUAAGCUGGCUAAUUCAGACCGAACAGCAAAUCUCAUACAGAAAGCUGAGGAAAUGAAAUCUGGUCUUAAGGACCUUAAAUCAUUCUUGACUUAUGACGGAGUGAAAGGCAAGAAGGAGGAAAGCAGUGUUAAAACAGCAAAAAAUAUCUCAGCACUCAUCAAAUCCCACAAUGAGAGCACUGGACAGACUUUGGAAUGGGAUCAUUAUGAUUUGCAAGAUGAUGUUCAUGAUGAAAGUGCUGACACAUCUGUGUAUGCUUCUCCACUAGCAAGCAGUCCGUUGCAAAAAAAAUUGUUCCGUUUUGGAGAAUCAUCUACUGGGUUUAGUUUCAGCUUCCAGCCCAUUCUUAGUCCAUCAAAAUCCCCAGCUAAGCUGAAUCAAAGUAGGGCAUCUGUAGGAACAGAUGAGGAACAAGAAAUAAGUCAAGAAGAGGAAAGAGAUGGACAGUAUUUUGAACCAGUUGUACCAAUGCCUGAUGUGGUUGAGCUUUUAAACGGAGAAGAGAAUGAGCAGGUAGUGUUCAGUCACAGAGCAAAGUUGUAUCGCUAUGAUAAAGAUCUCAGCCAGUGGAAAGAAAGGGGUAUAGGAGACAUCAAAAUUUUGCAAAACUUUGAUACAAAGCGCACUAGGCUUGUUAUGAGACGUGACCAGGUUCUCAAAUUGUGUGCCAACCACUGGAUAUCCUCAGAUAUGAAACUUGAGCUUAUGAAAGGAACAGAAAAAGCUUGGAUCUGGAGUGCUUUUGACUUUGCUGAAGGAGAAGGAAAAGUUGAACAGUUGGCUGUACGCUUUAAAUUGCUGGAGACUGCAAAUUCUUUUAAAGAAUUUUUUGAGAAAGCUAAGGAUGCCCAGGAAAAGCAAACCCUUCUUGUCUCUGCUUCUUCUCCAAGAGAAACCUUGACCUCCCCUGGAACCCUGUGUGGUAAAGCUGCAAUUGCAGUGCUUGAGGAAACAACUGAAGAAAAGACUGCUGAACAACCUUCUGAAAGCAGUCAUGCACCUACAGUGCCUCUCAGUCCACACAACACCUCUAAAACUGUGGUCUCUCCCCCCAAGUUUGUCUUUGGGACAGAUUCUGUGCAGAAAAUAUUUGGAAGCCCAGUAUCCUCUAAACAAAUUGUUCCUGGACCAGCUUCGAGUCCUGAAGAUCAGUCAUCAGGCAGUGAUUUAAGCUCCAAAACCGCUGAAAGGGAAACAGUAACUCCAUUCAAAGUGCCAGAAAGAGGAUUGGAUUUUAGGCUUUAUAAAGAUAACCCUAUGGCUUUUUGGGCGUGCACAUCAGCUACCCAGUUUGAACCUCAAGUUUCCUCUGAGACACAUGGUGAUCUAAGGAGUGCUGCCAAUAGUUGUGACGAUGAUAUUGAAAUUGUGUUUGAACAACAGCCCACUAAGGAGCAGGCAGAACUCGCCCGAAAGCUAAUGCUGCCGCCAACAUUUUUUAUUUACAAAAAUAAUACUGGAUAUGUGAGUGAUGAUACAGAUGAUGAAGAUUAUGAGAUGGCUGUAAGAAAUCUAAAGGGAAAGCUAUAUCCUGAUUCUGCCACACAUGAACCUGCUCAAGCCAGUAGAGCUGCAGAGGAACCAGAGUGUGUGCUUGUCUGGGAGAAGAAACCAACACUGGAGGAGGAGAGAAAGGCCAAGAGCCUCCAGCUGCCUCUUACAUUCUUCUGUGGUACUAGUAGUGAUGCAGACUCCGAGCCUGACCGGGCAGAUGACUUUGGAACGGAACUACGAAAGGUCCAGCAAGCUCAGUGUGAAAUAAUCAGGCAAGAAAAAACCAGUGAGCUCUGCUCUGAACAGCCUACUACAGUUGAUACUGGUCGUCCUAUUGACCUCUCUACAAAGACCCAGGAAAAUGAAACACCACCUGAUUCAAGUACCACUCAAGAUCCCCCUUUAUCUUUUAUUUUUGGUUCUCAAAGUACAUCUACAUUUGCAGACUUGGCAAAGAAUUCUGGGGAAUUUCUCUUUGCAAAAAAAGACUCAAACUUCUCCUGGGCCAAUGCUGGGGCAGCAGUCUUUACCACCACUGCAGCUGCUUCUCGAAAUGAGGAUGAGGAUGGAAGCGAUGAAGAUGUGUCUAACAAUGACAUUCACUUUGAGCCCAUUGUUUCCUUACCUGAGGUCGAGGUGAAGUCUGGUGAAGAAGAUGAGAAGAUUCUUUUCAAGCAGAGAGCAAAACUGUACAGAUGGGAUCGUGAUUUGAAACAGUGGAAAGAGCGUGGAGUUGGUGAUCUGAAGAUCCUCUUCCACCCAGUGAAAAAGAACUACCGUGUCUUGAUGAGGCGUGAACAGGUUUUAAAGGUCUGUGCUAACCACACCAUCACCAAGGACCUCGAGCUGAAACCCCUGAACACUUCUAAUAACGCACUGGUUUGGACGGCUUUGGACUAUACAGAGGGUGAUUGCAAGUUGGAGCAGUUUGCUGCCAAAUUUAAGACGACUGAAGUCACAGAAUCCUUCAGAAAAACCUUCACUGAUUGUCAGCAGUGCAUAUCUCAAGUGGACACAGCCCAGUCUAGACCAAGCAACCCAACAGUAUUUCUCACUGUAGCUGCUGACAAUGAGCUAAUCGGCAAGAUCACAAUAGAGCUUUUUGCCAACAUUGUCCCCAAAACUGCAGAAAACUUCAGAGUUUUGUGCACUGGAGAGAAAGGAUUUGGCUACAGGAAUUCCAUAUUUCACAGAAUCGUCCCUGAUUUCAUGUGUCAGGGUGGUGAUAUUACUAAACAUGAUGGUACAGGUGGAAAGAGUAUCUACGGGGACAAGUUUGAGGAUGAAAACUUUGAAGUGCGUCACACAGGACCAGGUAUUGUGUCCAUGGCCAAUCGUGGCAGGAACUCAAACAACUCUCAGUUUUUCAUCACGCUAAAAAAAGCGGAGCAUUUAGACUUCAAACAUGUCGCUUUUGGCAUCGUCAAAGACGGCAUGGAUGUGGUGGAGCAAAUGGGAAAGCUGGGCUCCAGGAAAGGUGAACCAAGCAAAAGGAUAACAGUUGAAGAAUGUGGAGAGCUGUAGAUCGAUUCUUCAUACUUUAAGUACAUGUGUGAAAGUUUUUCAUGUUCAUCUUGUUUUUUUUAUGUUGGAGUCAUAAAUUUCUCCUUAUUAUAAAUGUGAUCGAGGCACAAUCAAAGCUCAGAAGUCUAAGCCUAUAGUUGUCUGAUUUUUUUUCCCCCUCUCCCCAAUAAAUUCUUUCAGCAGUGAAUGACAAAAUAGCCCUUCCUAAAGGUAUGAGAAGGGUGGUCAGGCACCUAUACAGAGAAUAACCAGUGACUGAUGGGAAUGAUGUGUUUCUAAGGUGACCGAGACAUUUGCUUACAUAAGCUCUUAUACAGACAAUGCUAAAGACAUAGACUUAAAAGCCUAACCACAUGUUUUUUUUCAAGCAAACUGCAGGGGAUUCAUUUUGUUGCAUGUUAAAAAGCUAGCUUUGCUGGUUUGAUUCAUUUACAUAGGUAUAUUAAACAGCAACAAAUCUGGAUAAUCUUAAACAUUUUGGAUAAUCUUAAACAUUUUGUGUGUUUUUACUCUGUAUAGAUUUCUGUGAAUUCUACAUUUUCUGCUUUUUGCCAAUAUUAAAGAUUGAACACUGA